CCUCCACGCCUCCGUUCAAUACCAACACCUUUUCACGUUUCAACGGGGUCUCCAAAGAACCUCAGAACAUAUCCCAAGCUCCUCUGUGAUCCUCUGUUUUCAAUAACUGUCGUGCACAUCUAACUCGGACCUAUAAAUGUGUGAUUAAACUGUAAAAUAAGUACAAAGAAAAGGGAACUUGUUGGGGGCUUCGUGUGUCUGCGUCCAGUAGACGGCGAUCACAGUCUGUAAAUUGAUGUAGAGAACGACAUAACUACAUUUUGACUUUUUAUCUCAAGCUUUUGGUGACAAAACUAAUGGGAGUCAAAACAAGAGCAGUGAACGUUUUAGUACGGGCUUCACUAAUGCGGGCGGUCUUGUCACCUUGUUUCCCGUCAUAUCGAAAUUAAUAGAGGAUUAUUAUUUUUCAUUAUUUAUAGUUAUCGUUUCAUUCAUUUGGAUGAAUUCAGACUUCAUACUUGUGAUAUUGCAUAGAGGCAAACUUUCGGAUAACAAUGGAAAAAGCGCGGAAAGAGUCAGGUUACACCAAUUACUUUGAUAUUUUUUUGUUUUGUUUUUUUUGCACACUAACAAAUUUAGCUGUUCCCCACUUUGCACUUGAUGACAAAAGGGCACACAUGGUACAUGCACUGGGCGUGAGGCACCUGUUUCUUAGCAACCGUCACAACAGGAAAACACCUGUGGCAUCAAUUUAUUCAAAGGGACUAGUGAUAAAUACUGGAAAGCUGCGAUAAAUACUGGAAAGGAUACCGAGAACCCGAGGCCGCCUAUAUAUAAAAUAUUCUAUAAAACGUGUUUGCUGCGACAUUUCUUUCUUAUUUGGGACUUUUCAAUUCACCUUUACGUAUUGUGGUUGAAGUGACAGAAAAAAAAAAGUUUUUCGAUACAAUUAUUGCGGUUUACUUAAAGAGAUUUUUUUUUUCUGGUAGAAAACCAUAUAUGCUACUUCACAAUAAAAACCAUUGCUUGUUAAAAGUUCAGGCUCCGGCGUUUCAAAACGGACAAAAAAUAUUCCGUGAAAAAAAAAUUACUGAUUUAUUGUUUAUUCCAGCGAAAAUGAUCGUUUGGAGAUCGUUUACCCCAAAUAACAUUUGUCAGCAGUGGUUUAUGGCCAACUGUUUACCUUCCGCGCGCCGCAGAAAGACCCUUCAGCUGCGCCUGUAGCGCGCGCGCUGCGUCACCUGACCGCGAGCCAUAUGCAAAUCUGCCCCGUCCUCAAACGCCAUUGGCUCUCUCUCACUCAUUUAUUCCCUGUCAACGCGCAUCACAUGGCCGCUCUCCCACUAACUUUUCAAGCCCGCCGCUGAAAGUAGCUCAAAGACAAUUCUGCACUGGAUGUGAAAAUCACCCCGAGAGGAAGUUAGAAUAAAACAAAGGGAGACGAGCAGCCGCAAAGUUACUCUCUAUCCUCUGUCUGGAUUGUACCGAUCCUGUUCCAGUGGCCUCUUUUGUUAUUAAGAGGUUCUGCACGUGCGUGCCUGCCAGGAAACGGGGGACGCGUGAAUGUUUCUGUGUGUGAGCUGAGUUAGUUAAAGCCAGGUGAAUGUAUAGCAUGAUGAUGGAAACGGACUUGCAUUCCCCGGGACCCCAGACUAACACAAACACGGGCCACACGGGACCCAACGGCGGCGGCAAAGUUAACCAAGACCGCGUCAAGAGACCCAUGAACGCGUUCAUGGUGUGGUCUCGGGGUCAGCGCAGAAAAAUGGCUCAGGAGAACCCAAAGAUGCACAACUCGGAGAUCAGCAAGCGCCUCGGAGCCGAGUGGAAAGUCAUGUCCGAGGCGGAAAAGCGACCCUUCAUCGACGAGGCGAAAAGACUGCGCGCCAUGCACAUGAAGGAGCAUCCGGAUUACAAGUACCGACCCCGGAGGAAGACCAAGACGCUGCUCAAGAAGGACAAGUACUCGUUGGCGGGUGGCCUGCUCGCCGGAUCCGGCGGCGGAGGCGGCGUGGGGCUGGGAAUGGGUGCAGCGGGGGUCGGCCAGAGGUUGGAGAGUCCGGUGGGUCACGGCGGCGGCACCGCGGCGAGCUACGCGCACAUGAACGGCUGGACCAACGGCGCGUACUCGGCCGCGGCUGCAGCCGCGAUGAUGCAGGAGGCUCAACUCGCCUACGGUCAGCACCCAGGCACCGGGGCGCAUCACCACCACGGCCACCACCACCAUCCACACAAUCCCCAGCCCAUGCACCGCUACGAAAUGACGGCGCUCCAGUACAGCCCCAUCUCAAACUCUCAGAGCUACAUGAGCGCCUCGCCGUCAGGCUAUGGGGGAAUAUCCUACGCGCAGCACCAAACCUCCAGCGUGGCUUCGUCUGGGGCCAUCGGCACGCUGGGCUCGCUGGUGAAAUCGGAGCCGAGCGUAAGUCCUCCCGUUACGGCUCACUCUCGAGCCCCUUGUCCCGGAGACUUGCGAGAGAUGAUAAGCAUGUAUUUACCGGCGGCGGAGGCAGGGGACCCGUCGGUUCAGAGCAGACUUCACGCUGUGCCGCAGCACUAUCAAAGUCCCGCGACGAGCGUUAACGGAACCGUUCCACUGACACACAUAUGAACAGAUCUCGCAUUCAGACUCGAAUAACCAAAUAUUUACCUCUUUUAGAGCAUAACUACCUUUUUUUGUACAGAAUGUCUGUUCUUGUAAAUUUUGAAGGUGAUAUUAUUUAAAUAUAAUACUUAAACUGAAGGGAUGUUGUCUGAAUAAUUUGUCCGAAAUUACACAAUAUGCGUGAGCUUUACACAUUUGCGAGGGAUUAAUUCUUAUUUUGUAUGUAUGUGUGUGUGUGUGUGUGUGUGUGUGUGUGUGUGUAUUUGUGAGAGAGAGAGAGAGAGAAAAAGCGAGUGAGAGAGACAUGAAAAGAGUGAGUGCUACAGUGUAAAAUAGAGUCACAAUGACAACGUUUUUAAAGUUUUCUAAGAUUUUUUCUCGAUCCCACUUUGAUUUGUCAACACGUGAGUUACUGUAUUUGAUCUAUUCCUUAUUUGUUUGUUGUAUUUUUCCUUGUACAUUGUGAAUAUAUUACAGAGAAAGAUCGAUACACAUUUGUAAAUAUAAUUCGGAUUUGCCAGGAUGAAAGGAAAACGUUUUGCGUUGAUGUGAGAAUAAAUUUCACUGCUUUUGCUCUGAUUCUGCAAAGUUAGUUUGCUG